CUCUGUUACAGUAGGGUGUUACCUGAGGCUCCGCAAACUUGCUGCAAAGAUGUCACGAAUUUCAGAGGUGGAUGAGGCACUGCGCUCCUUCGCAGAGAAGGUCUUUGCUUCUGAGGUGAAAGAUGAGGAGACCAGGCGAGAGUUCUCUCCUUUUGAUGUGGAAGAGAUCUGCCCCAUCUCACGUGAGGAAAUGAGAGUGCACAUGAUGCUUCGGGAGACCUCUGCCACAGCAGAAAAGCGGAGGAAGCGCCUGUUUCACUUGAAGACAAUUGCACUGGCAAUCCCUGUGGCUCAGAAAUCCACAACCAGACUGUCUGAUAUUGAUGAGGUUAUCUCUACCUCCCCCGUGUAUCAGACUGUACCUCACUUCCAACGGGUACAGAUCACAGGGGAUUAUGCCUCUGGGGUGGCAGUUGAAGAUUUUGAAGCUGUCUGCAAAGGGCUGUACCGUGCCCUCUGCAUCCGGGAAAAAUACAUGCAGCAGUGUUUGCAGAGGUUUCCCAGGACCCCAUCUCAGUACCUGAGUGCUAUUGAAGGCAAAGUCUGGAGGGCGAGUGACACUGGCCCAGUGUUCACCCCACCAGUGAAGGAUGGACAGGAUCCCUUUGAAACUGGGAAUCUUGCUGAGGACCUGGGAUACCACCUCCAGAUGAAGGAUGGGGUGGUGUACAUCUACGAAGAUAAAGCAGCAGCUGACAGAAACGAACCAAAGGACCUGCCCUACCCCAGCCUUGAGUCCUUCAUUGCUGACAUGAACUUUCUGUUGGCUCUGAUAGCACAGGGGCCUGUUAAGACCUAUGCCCAUCGGCGCCUGAAGUUCCUCUUAUCCAAAUUCCAAGUGCAUGAAAUGCUAAAUGAGAUGGAGGAGAUGAAAGAGCUGAAGAACAACCCCCAUCGGGACUUCUACAACUGCCGGAAGGUGGACACACACAUCCAUGCUGCAGCCUGCAUGAACCAGAACCAUCUUCUGCGUUUCAUCAAGAACUCGUACUGUGUGGAUGCUGACCGUGUAGUUUACGAUGCCACAGGCAAACAGCUCACCCUGAAACAGCUUUUCAAUAAGCUCAAUAUGCACCCCUACGACCUGACAGUGGAUUCCCUGGAUGUCCAUGCUGGCCGGCAGACAUUCCAGCGCUUUGACAAAUUCAAUGACAAGUACAACCCUGUGGGUGCCAGCGAACUGCGUGACCUCUACCUGAAGACAGACAAUGCAAUAAAUGGCGAGUACUUUGCUACCAUCAUCAAGGAGGUUGGCUCUGAUCUGGAGAAAGCCAAAUACCAGUAUGCCGAACCUCGUCUCUCAAUCUAUGGGCGAUCAGCUGAGGAGUGGCACAAGCUUGCCACUUGGUUCAACAAACAUCGGAUCUAUUCCCCCAACAUGAAGUGGAUGAUCCAAGUACCCAGGAUUUAUGAUGUGUUCAGGUCUAGGAAUUUCCUCCCACACUUUGGGAAGAUGCUGGAAAAUCUAUUUAUUCCUGUGUUUGAGGCAACUAUCAAUCCUCAAGCCCACAAAGAGCUGAGUGUCUUUCUACGCCAUAUCACUGGCUUUGACAGCGUGGAUGAUGAAUCAAAGCACAGUGGACACAUGUUCUGCACUAAAAGCCCAAAGCCAGAGCAGUGGACUUCUCAGAAGAACCCAUCCUACAGCUACUAUUUAUAUUACAUGUAUGCCAACAUCCUAGUGCUUAACAACCUACGCAGGCAGCGUGGAAUGAACACGUUCCUCUUCCGUCCACACUGUGGAGAAGCUGGGGCCAUCACACAUCUCCUGACAGCUUUUAUGACAGCAGAUAAUAUCUCCCAUGGUCUGAACCUCAAGCAGAGCCCAGUGUUGCAAUAUCUGUACUUCCUUGCCCAAAUUCCCAUUGCUAUGUCCCCGCUCAGCAACAACAGCCUCUUCCUGGAGUAUGCAAAGAAUCCAUUCCUUGACUUCCAUCAGAAGGGCCUCAUGUUGUCCCUUUCUACAGAUGACCCCAUGCAGUUUCAUUACACCAAGGAACCCCUGAUGGAGGAGUAUGCCAUCGCUGCCCAGGUCUUCAAGCUCAGCACCUGUGACAUGUGUGAAAUUGCCAGAAACAGUGUCCUACAGAGUGGCAUGUCCCAUGAGGAGAAACUCAAGAUCCUGGGCGAAAACUACCAGGAGGAGGGGCCCCAAGGCAACGACAUCCGGAAGACAAACGUGGCGCAGAUCCGCGUGGCUUACCGCUACGAGACCUGGUGCUACGAACUCAAUCUCAUCGCUGAGGGCCUCAAAGCCGACUAGGCGUGCGGCCGAGCUCCUGG